AUGCCGACAGCCUAUGAGUUUCGUGGCAACAGGGACCAUGGGACGUCCCGGCCACAACACGAGUUCACUUUUCGCUCUCGUCAACCGCGAACGUUUGCGCGCCCUCUGCUGACCACGCAGAGAGAUGCCACUCCUGAGUUCGUGCUCAUGAACGAGGACAGUGAGAAGCAGCCGCCCAAGUUUAUGAACCUGGAAGAACUUAAUGAUAGCGACGAGGAGUCUUCUUUGGCUGAGGACGGUCAACCACCUAGAAAACGGCAAGCCACAGAAAGCGCGAUGCCAUCAACAAUGCCCAAAUGGUCGAACCCUGAUCCAUAUACUGUGCUCCCACCGCCUGAUGAAAGUCAGGGCAAGAAGAAAGAUGUCGUCAAACUGAUUCGCAAGGCGAGGAUCGCCGCCGCACAAGUGAAGCCAGCAGAGAACAAUGCCAUCGAGUCAAACGAAGAUUUUAUAUCCCUGGGUGCAGAUGAUUUGAUAAUGGACCGGCCACCAGAGAAUGCACCGCGUGGACCGCGCGUUGAUCGGGAUGGGGACCCUGCACUUGGAAAUCGAAAGCGCACUCGACAUGAUGAAAUUAUUGCACCUUCUUUUAAACCAAUGCGGUUUGAAAAGCCCGACACGCGUUUCAACUUGGAUGGGUCAAUCAUACAAAUAUAUCGAUCUCUACCCGGUGAAGAUUCUAGCCCAUGGUUUGUUCGCUCCUCGCAGCUACCUUUUCACCUAGGAACCAGACUCCAUGACGAAAUCAUCGGCUUUUACCACUGGGUAAAACCAAAGCCCUUUGAGGAUGUGAUCAGGACUGACCUUAUCACCCGUCUUGAAAUGCACAUGCAAAGGAGAUUUCCCGGCUCACAACUACAUGCCUUUGGCUCAUAUGCUUCAGGACUAUAUCUUCCAGUUGCAGAUGUUGAUCUGGUAUUGCUCUCAAGAUCCUUUCUUCGCCAAGGCAAAAAGUUCCUGUGUCAAAAGCCAAAGGAUAUCUGGUCUCUUUCCGCAUAUAUCAAAGAUACCGAGAUUGCCGUUCCCGGUUCCAUUGAGACUAUUGCGCAUGCUCGAGUCCCGAUCAUUAAAUUUGUAGACCGUCUGACAGGGUUGAAAGUUGACUUGUCAUUUGACAAUAGUAGUGGAUUGACGGCGAACAGAACUUUCCAGAUAUGGAAAACUCAGUUCCCUGCCAUGCCGCUUAUUGUUUCCGUGAUUAAACAAUUUUUACUCCUCAGAGGGUUGAACGAGGUUCCUACCGGGGGCUUAGGUGGUUUUUCCAUUAUCUGUCUAGUAACUAGCCUGCUUCAGCAUUUGCCUCAUGGCAUGUCUGAACCAAACUUGGGAGGGGUGCUUAUGGAUUUCUUCGAUUUAUAUGGAAAUAAAUUUGACUUCUCGACAGUUGGAAUCGACCUUAACCCACCUGGCUACUUCUAUAAGCAUUCCCGGAAUAUUUACCAAGCGAAUAGCCGUGAUAGGCUUACAAUAAUAGAUCCUAACAACCGCGACAAUGAUAUGUCUGUUGGCACAAAGGAGAUUAGGAGGAUAUUCAAAGCAUUCUCUGAGGCCUUCAACAUACUAAGACAUAACAUGGCGUCGAUACCGUUCUCAAAGUCCCAAACCUCCAGUUUACUUGCUUUGAUUAUCGGUGCGAAUUACGAGUCAUAUCAUGCACAACGACAACACUUGUUUGAGCUUUACGCAAACCACCCAAGAUAUGUUCAGUACCACAACGCCGUUCCUGUAUUUCCAACUGUUUCAACGCCCCCUCCCCCCCCUCCUCUUUCACCACCACCUCCACCACCCGAACUCGGGACUGUAGGAAUAUCGGCAAAUGGGCCUGCUGGACCGAAACUUGGCAAAAAAAAGCAGAAAUUUCUGGAUCGUGCGGCGCGCCUGAGGUUACUUCGGCCUGAUUUGAAAGCGAUCCCGGAAUCUCUUACCCAUGAAGAGGCGAUAAAAAUUGGCGGCUACUCUUGUGAAACCGAAAUGGUCCGUGACCUUCUUGCCAGAGAGAAGGCUCUUGAACAGCAACAAGCGAGCUGA